AUGUCUUCAAGUAGUGUUAUACAGGUUCCAGAGAGAGACCCAACAGGGCAAUACGUAAGGUACGACGAGAUAUUAGGAGAAGGGAAUUGGAAAAAAGUUUACAAGGGAUUUGAUGAGGUUAAUGGUAUUGAAAUUGCUUGGAACGUGGUAGCUUUAAAAGAUAGAAUAUUAAACUCUGCUUCAAAUCUUUCUUAUUUGAUUGCAGAAGCUGAAUUGAUGAAGUUGUUAGAUCAUAAGAAUAUAGUGAAAUGCUAUCAUUUUUGGGUUGAUUAUGAAAACAGUAAACUUUACUUGAUUACUGAACUUUUUUCUUCAGAGACUCUGUUACACUACAUCAAACAUGUUCCUGUAAAUCAUACAUCAAUCAAGAAUUGGUGUAGACAGAUUCUAAACGGCUUGAAUUAUCUUCACACUCGUAAUCCACCUAUUUGUCAUCUUGAUGUUAAGUUAUUAAACAUCUUUGUUGAUGGAAAUUCUGGUACGAUUAAACUUGGUGAUUUUGGUUUUGCCAAGUUAAUUGAACCAAGGAGUAGUGGAUACACUUGUUAUGGUACACUACUGUACAUGGCACCAGAAAUGUUUGAAGGAAAUUAUAAUGAGAUGGUUGACAUUCAUGCUUUUGGGAUAUGUGUAUUACAGAUGAUCACUCGGGAAAUUCUUUACCAAGAAUGCAGAAACAUGAAUGAGAUGUACAAAAAGAUUGAGGUGGGUAUAAAACCUUACGCCCUAAUCAAUGUUUCAGAACCACAGAUUAAGACGUUUCUUAAUAGGUGUCUUGCUCCUGUAUCUAUGAGACCGCCUGCAAUUGAGCUUUUGAAUGACCCGUUUCUUGCAGUUGCACCUACACCUAGUCUUUCUUCUGUCACAUCAACUGAUACUACAAGUCUGAGUGAAACCGAGUCAAAUAUGAGUGAAGCCGAGUCAAGUCUGAGUCAAGUGACGAGUGCUCAGGUGGAUGGAUUGCUGAAGCUUGUGAAGGAGAUUAAGUGUGGGGACAAGAUAUUCAAAUUAAAAGGGAGUAUGAAGCGGGAUGUUAUUGUACCAAUGAGGUUGAGUAUUGUUUAUAAUGUUGGAGGUAAGUAUCAGGUUGAAGAUACGAUGAAGUUUAAGUUCCCAAUGGCAAUGGAAACAGGUAACAUUGAUGAGUUUGUGAGGGAGAAGAUUGGUACACCAAUGAAUUUGUGCUCUGAAGAUGUUGCAGUGGUUAUUGAGAUUAUAAAACAACUAAGAACAGAACUCUUAGCCCUGCAUUAUCAACCUAAUAUUACUAGUGUUGAACAGAAGUUGAUGUCUGAAGAAUUAGAUUAUAAUCUUGGAAACUUAUUUGCUGAGAAUCCUGCACAUGAGAUAUUGACUGAGUCCAGGGGAGAUGGAGAUGAAUCUGAGGCUGAGAAUAAUGGAAUGCUUAGUUGCUUAGGGAAGUUGCUGUCAUCCGUUUGCAGCAACUCAUAG